AAUAAUACUGCAACGUUUACCUGGCGAGAGGAUUAGUCUACAAAGUCCAGUUCAUUAGGAAGGAUCAUUGUCCUCACAAUUUCUUCAAAUCUACUCCAUAAUGCUACAUAUUUUCCUGUAUUUUGCGAUAUUUUCAAUAACUUGGAUUGAAAUCAGUUCGGCUCCAACCCUACGACAUGGCGUUGAAGAAGACGAAGAAGCAGUCACUAUCGCGCUUGAGUUGACUCGAGAACUGAUCCCGGACUCGGAACUCGUCUCCAAAAUUCGAUCUGACCUCCGUCUCAUCCGCCGGGUGGACCCUGCCUUGAAAAAACUUGUUCAUCACGGCCGUUGGCAUCCGGGUCAACUAGUCACGAGAGGACUGACCCCCACACAGGUCAAGGAACUGGAGGAGAGUGAGUUUAAACCGGUGAAAGUUCUUCCGAGGGGAAAUCGGGACGUUGUCCUCCUCUUCAAGAAACCUUAUCAUCCCGAACAUCUCGCAAAAUUGGUCAAGUUCCGUUUUGGCUUUGACUCUAAGCCAAACUACGUGAAUAUUAAAGAAGGGCGAACUCGUAUUUUGUACAGGGGUGAUUUAUCGACUUAUUUCUGGAACUCGGUAAAUGGUAAGAAUUGCUUGGACGGGUGCGACACGCAGUAUUCUGUGUCGUUUAAGGAACAAGAAGUUGAGCACGAUUACAGAUUUGAUUCUAAAGUGAAAAAUUUAUUAAAAAUUACAAAUGCAAAAUGACAAAUUUUGAUAAUGUGACGAAUUAGCUCUUAAUGAAAUAAUGAAAUAAAUGACAAUUAUCUUGACGCCUUA